GAAGAGAAAGACAUUACCAAAUCAAAACCUUAUUGUUUUGCUAUAUUUUUCUUCAAAAGUCUUAUCAUUAAAAAAAAAUGAAGAUCCUCACAAGUAAAUCACUGUUUAUGUUUCUAAUCUUGAUGUUUUUUUCAAUGAAAAUACAUUCACUGCAAUUCGAAGUUUUAUCUGGUCGCACAAAAUGCAUAGCUGAAGAUAUCAAGAGUCAUUCCAUGACUGUUGGCAAAUAUCAUAUUGUCAAUCCCAAUGAACCACAUCCUUUGCCAGAUACUCACAAAGUCACCCUCAGGGUGACAUCUACGCAUGGGAAUACCUUUCACUAUGCAGAUAAUGUUCAUGAGGGGCAUUUUGCUUUUGAGACAACAGAAGCUGGGGAUUAUAUGGCUUGCUUCUAUGCUGCUGAUCACAAGCCCCCUGUUACUAUGACUAUUAAUUUCGACUGGAAGAGUGGUGUAGCUGCUAAGGACUGGACUAAUGUUGCCAAGAAAGGCUCAGUUGACCUUAUGGAAUUAGAACUGAAGAAGAUGCAUGAACAUGUUAAAAACAUCCACGAUGAGAUGUUUUAUCUACGUGAAAGGGAGGAAGAAAUGCAAGAACUUAACAGAUCAACCAACUCCAAAAUGGCUUGGAUGACUGGACUGUCAAUCUGUGUAUGCUUAUCUGUAGCAGGAUUGCAAUUGUGGCAUUUGAAAACCUUUUUCGAAAAGAAGAAGCUAAUCUAAUGUUAUUCUGAUAUUUUCACUACUCUCACGUUCGAGUAGAAUUUUUUAUAGACAACACAAUAGUUAGAAGGGAAGUUGUGUUUCAUGUACAAUGUGAUAGAAAAUUGUAUUCUGAAAUGCAUGUGUUACUCUCAGA